AGUGUGAACAAACUCGUCCGAUAUCCUUGUUAGCUACACAUUCUAAGCUGUUCGAAAAAGUGCUCUUACUAAGAAUUAGACACUGGGCUGAAACAAAUCGUUUAGUACCUUUAGAACAAUCAGGGUUCCGUCCAAAAUGUCUUCUACCUACUCGCGUUCUGUCAAUAUAUCAGGAAGUGAAAAAUAGCAUGGCAGCUAAUAUUCCGACACUAGCACUCUAUGUCGAUUACCAAAAGGCUUAUGAUCGUGUAUGGCAUGCUGGUCUUCUGUGUAAAUUAGAUAGACUGGGUAUGCCUCUCAACUUAUUGAAAAUGAUUGAUAGUUGGUUAAAAGAUAGAAGAGCUUACGUAGAAUAUGGUGAAAUAACUUCGAAAAUAUUUAAGAUAAAUAUAGGACUUCCACAGGGCAGUAGUCUUAGUCCAUACUUAUUUAUAGUAUUUCAUUCAGAUCUAACAAAUUACCUGGGAGCUCAUUCAUGUCAUCUAUUUGCAGAUGAUCUGUGUGUAUUAAUUAGACCUCCCAUUAUGAAAAAAUUAGACCCGAUGAUUGAAUACUUAGAAAAAGAAGGUACACGAAUUUGUAAGCAGGUUCUUAUAUAUUCAAAAAAGUGGAAACAACCGUUAAAUGUUUCGAAAACUGUAGUACAACUUUUUCAUACACAAGUAAAAAGACCGAUAGUAAACGUAACGAUAGACGGUAACAAAAUCGAAUUAGUCAGAGAAUUCAAAUACCUAGGUUUUACCUGGACGGAUAAACUAUCAUUGAAACCAACAAUCGAAAAAGCGAUAGGAAAUAUUCAGAGAUCGCUAGGAAAACUAAAAUGGAUGAAAUCUGGUCGCGAAAUGUCAUGUAAAGCUCUCCGGCAAUGUUUUUUCGCAUUCACGUUCCCUCAUUUCGCUUGGUUAUUCCCACUUUUUCCACUCCUCUCAGAAUCUCAACAAAAUAUAGUGCAACAAAAAUUCCGUGUGGGACUUCGGCUGGUGCAUCGCUGCCCUUUCGUUUCUGCUCAAAAUCUGUUCAAUGUCACCCCAGAACAACCCUUAGAAUUUUAUGUUAAAAAAUAUAUUCAACGAAGACUAAAGACCAUUUUCACAAUUGAUCUUGGUUCUUCAUUGUUCUAUGAAGAUAUUUUUAUGUGGGACAACUUUUAUAAAAGAAAAAACGAUCAUCUUGGGCAUUUUUUUUGUUUACGUCGCGUUCGGCUAUUGCAAGAUCGACAUGAGUCUUUCCUUUUAAAAUGGUUGUCCUUUGUUGAUGUGAAUUAAUGUCACAGAAAGACGCUUAAAUGUAAUGCUUAUGCAAUUUUCUUUUUCGUUUUUGCUCUCUUUCUUAUUACUUUUUAUCUCGCGUCGUUUCUCUUGGUUUGUUCUUCGUCUUUUUUCGAGUUGCUCGCUCUACUCACGAAUCCUCGCUGCUACUCAUCAUCAGUACUUCUCUCACUAUCGUCCUCUUCUCUUUCUUUUAUUCCUGGUUUAUUCUUUUCUUUUUCAUUUAUUUACUCUCUAAAUAUCCUCAUAUACAGAAGUUGGUACUCAGUAUAACAUAUUGUUGGCACAAAUUGUAACGCUUUGCUUUAAUGAUGCACUAUUUCGCUUAUACAUCUAUAAUUCUCUCUUUUAUUAUGUAAGCACUUCCGAGUGUUACAUUCACGAGCAUAAUAAAAAAAAAAGAAAAAAAAAAAGUGCAUUCAUAUAUGUCUCGAUUAAAUGAAAGUAAAAUUUCAUAUCCACUUGAAUACUGGUCUUUCUCGCAUGAGAUAUUCGUACUCAAUGUUCAAUGCUAUCGGUCGUUUGAUGUCACAGACAGCUUCAUCGAAUCGUUUUUAUCUUGACUUUCAUUCGACUUUCUACUCUGUUAAGCACAUGCAAGCAUCAACCUAAUAAAAACAAUGAUACCUUUAUUUAUUGUGAUAAUAUUUAUUUCGCAAUAGUAUCCAAUUGUCAAGACUGCACAGCGGAUAGUAAUAAAAACUAUCAAUUAUUGAAGUACUACAGUGCUGAAAUUGUAAGACUAAUUAUUGUAUUUUCAUAAAUAGAUAAAAUUAUGCAUGUUAAACUGCAGAAAAAAGUGCGUUUAUGGCAGUUGAUCCAUCGAAAUAGUUGAAGAAUUUUGAAAGACAGCAACAAAAUGAAAACAUGGAGACAAAAAGAAAAAGAUUCGUUGAAAAUUCAUUGCGAUAAAUUUUUAACUGUACUUCUAUCUUUUUAUUUUUUGAUUUAAUAUGUAUACCCUUCAUUUUAUUAUGAUUAUUCUUUUAGUCUCUUGUUUAUUUUUUACUAUCUGCCUGGCUCAGAUGAAACUAGUCAUAAUUGAUAAUGAAAUGUCAAUUAAAAGUAGUCAUAACCGAUAAUUGUCUCUUCCUUUUCCGACUUACUUUGAAAAGUUUGAUAUAGUGACUCAAUUAUAUUGACGUGUGACAAGAAAAGAGGAAUUGAAGAAAUGACGUGUGACAAGAAAAGAGGAAUUGAAUAAAUGACGUGUGACAAGAAAAGAGGAAUUGAAGAAAUGACGUGUGACAAGAAAAGAGGAAUUGAAUAAAUGACGUGUGACAAGAAAAGAGGAAUUGAAGAAAUGACGUUUGAAAAAUUCAAAUGUUGCAUACUUCGUCAGUAUUUAUACCCGAAAAUAAAUACACUUUCAACCAAAGUCAUCUGUUUAUAAUAAGUUUGAUAUAACUAUCAUACACAUAUUUAUUUCAAUCUUCUCUAUCCCCGAUCGAAUUUGUAGUUUACAAAAAUGCAUAUGUGCUACAAAUAUAUCAUCAUCAUAUUGGCUUUUGCUAAUUCAUGUAAGUAAAUAUCGUACUAGACUAACUUUAGGUAGCGGAAAAUGGAAUUCGAUCUACUCCACCAUUAGAUAACAUCACUAACAGUUUUCACAAAGGAUUGAGAUAGAAAGUUUUCUCACUACUCAAUUUUACACAGCCUGAAACUAUAGUAACAAAGUACCUCGUACCAUCGAAGUAGUAAACCCCUCCUCAGAAUAGAAGGCCACCCCAGAACAAAAACUCACAAGGCGUAAUAGAAGGUCAUGGGAUUUCAAAAAUUUUUUUUUAGAAAUUCAGUGGAUUUUUAUAUUUUAGUACUUAAAAUCUCGGUUUUUUAGUAAAAACCAAGGUUUUGUUGCUAAAAUGACUUUUUUUGUAGUAAAAAAAAACUGGUUUUAUGAAACUUGACUGCUAAAAGCGCCUUUUUGAAUGCCAGAAAAUGUUUCCAAAAACCCUUGGUUUUUUAGGUAAAUCUUAGCAAAAAAUAGUCCACAAUAGAAGGCUACCUUUGCGGAAGCCAGGUGAAUUUCCAUAAUAGAAGGCCAUGGCUUUUUAUUCUGGGGGGGGGGGGGUACCCAAUAUGUAUGUCUAUUUUUGUAUUUCGUGAAGAGAAGCUCUUUUUAAUAAACUUUUCUGCUCAAAACUCGAAAGAUCAUGAUUUAUAGUGAGUCAACAGCCGAAUACUACGGUCAUUUCUUAUCCAAAUAGUGGUGAAUACGUACCGGCAUUUUCAUUUCUUAAUGCUAUGUACAAAGUUGUACUUAAUGGAAAUCAAUCAUCUAAUCUUUUGACAAUUGUUGAAGAAUUGAUUUAUAUUGGUAAUGCAUCUCGAUGUCAUUAUCAUACAAAAGAAGACGAAACAAUUCGUGUACUUAAUGGUACUCUUCAAGUUUAUCUGGGUGGCUAUCAAUUUUGUGCACCAGCUGGUACGAGUUUUCACAUUCCACGAAAUAUCAUACAGUCGCAUCGAAAUCUUGGUUCAAAACCAAUCCAUGUAGAAUUAUUAUUUUCGCCGUCGAAUAUAGAGAAUUAUUUGGGUCAAGUUACUCCUGUCUUUGCUGAACAACCGGUCAAUACUACUCGAGCAGCUGAACUUGCACGUACAUUUGGAGUGGUACAUUUACCUGACAUUCCAUGGAAAGAUCUCAAUUGUGCAUUUAAUGAUAGCAUGUUGUUCAUAUCAUCUGUUCAUUUGAUAUUUUUCAUUGUUUUACUUCAUGUUUUUGCAUCUGUAUAUAAUAAAUUUCAAUGA